AUGCUACCCCAAACCCGGGCUCAGCAGAGACUUUUGAUCAAAGGGGGAAAAGUUGUGAAUGAUGACGUCUCUGUGGUGGCUGACGUGUAUGUGGAAGAUGGAGUGGUGCGGCAGGUGGGCCCGAACAUAAACCCGGAGCCCUCGACUGGACUUGUUGUGCUGGAUGCGACCAACAAGCUGGUGAUCCCUGGGGGCAUCGAUACUCACACACACAUGGAGUUCCCUUUCAUGGGUAGCAGGUCAAAAGAUGACUUCCACACUGGAACCAAGGCAGCUAUAGCAGGAGGAACCACUAUGAUCAUCGACUUUGCCAUCCCUCAGAAAGGUUGUUCUCUUAUUGAAGCCUUUGAUACAUGGAAAAGCUGGGCAGACCCAAAAGUCUGCUGUGAUUAUUCAUUGCAUGUGGCAGUUACAUGGUGGAGCAACAAGGUGAAGCAAGAAAUGGAAAGUCUUGUUCAAAACAAAGGUGUCAACUCCUUCAAGAUGUUUAUGGCCUAUAAAGAUGUAUACAUGGUCAAUGAUGAGGAGCUGUAUGAAGCCUUUUCCUGCUGUAAGGAAAUUGGGGCAGUUGCUCAAGUCCAUGCGGAGAAUGGGGAGCUAAUUGCACAGGGUGCAAAGAAGAUGCUGGCAAUGGGCAUAACUGGCCCUGAGGGUCACGAACUGUGUCGUCCUGAAGAAGUGGAAGCUGAAGCUACACAAAGAGCCGUUACCAUAGCAAAUGCUCUCAACUGCCCCCUUUAUGUCGUCCAUGUCAUGAGUAAAUCUGCAGCUAAGGUGAUAAGUAAUGCACGAAGAGAAGGAAAGGUGGUUUAUGGGGAGCCUAUUGCUGCCAGUCUUGGCACUGAUGGCACCAACUACUGGAAUAAAGACUGGGCUCAUGCUGCAGCAUAUGUGAUGGGACCCCCACUGAGGCCAGAUCCAUCUACUCCUGGUUUCCUCAUGAACUUACUGGCCAAUGGUGACCUGUCUGUGACAGGGACUGACAAUUGCACCUUUGACAUAUGCCAGAAAGCUCUGGGCAAAGAUGACUUCACAAAAAUCCCUAAUGGAGUGAAUGGUGUGGAGGAUAGGAUGUCAGUCAUAUGGGAAAAGGGCGUGCACAGUGGAAAAAUGGAUGAAAACAGAUUUGUAGCUGUUACCAGCACAAAUGCAGCAAAAAUCUUUAACCUUUACCCAAAGAAGGGCAGAAUUGCUGUGGGCUCUGAUGCUGACAUUGUAGUUUGGGAUCCUGAAGCUACAAGGACAAUAUCUGCAAAGACACAUCACCAGGCAAAUGACUGCAAUAUAUUUGAAGGAAUGGUCUGCCAUGGAGUUCCAGUUGUGACAGUUUCUAGAGGCAAAGUGGUUUAUGAAGGUGGAGUUUUCAAUGUCACAGCAGGAGAAGGCAAAUAUGUCUCCCGUCCACCAUUCCCUCCAUAUGUCUACCAACGAGUCAGACAGCGGGAACAGGUAUGUCAGCCUGUUCCUGUCAAGAGGGCACCAUAUACAGGCACGGUCGCAGGAACACCUGUCACACAAAAAUAA